GCUCCAACUCCCGUUACGGCGUGGCCCGACUACAGUGUGGAUCCUAAUGGAGGCGAUGUCAUGACGACGGACCUCAAUGCGCUCUACAACAAGGGUGACUUGUGCUGGAUGCUGGUGAGCUCAGUACUGUGCUGGCAAAUUACUCCAGCUAUUGGUUUCCUUUACGCAGGAAUGCAUAGAAGAAAGGCGGCCCUGACGAUGAUCUUCCAAUCGCUCUUCUGCGCAUGCGCCGUUGGCAUUCAGUUCUGGGUUUACGGAUACUCCCUCUACCAAUCGCACACGACAAAUCCUUUCAUUGGCGACCUAUCGAAGGCAGGCCUGCACAACACCCUCGCAUCGCCCUCGCUCGCAAAUCCCGAUAUCCCCGACAUUCUUUACGCCUGCUUCGGCUUCACCUUCGUUACCUGUACCGCUAUGAUCUUGGCAGGAGCUAUGCUUGAGCGUGGUCGCCUUUGGCCCUCCAUGCUCUUCUUGCUUUGCUGGACGACGUUCGUCUACUAUGUUCUGGCGUACUUUGAGUGGAACCCCAGCGGCUGGUUAUACAAGCUGGGUGCUUACGAUUUUGCUGGCUCCGGUCCUGUGCAUAUCGCUUCCGGAUUUUCUGCACUCGCUUGGGCUGUCAUGCUGGGACCGCGAAUUGAUCCCCAUAAGGAGUCGCAUCACCCGAAGAUCCCGCACUUCAAGCCACACAAUCCUUUCUUGGUCGGCCUCGGUACGAUUUUGAUCUGGUUUGGAUGGUAUGCCUUCAAUGGCGCCUCGACUGCCAACAUCUCCAUCCGGUCCAUCUACGUGGUCUGCAACACCAAUCUCGCUGCAUGUGGUGGUGGAAUGGCCUGGGUCCUGCUGGAAUAUUCCUUCGUUCGCAAGUUCUCGAUCAUAGGCUUCUGCUCUGGCAUCAUCUCCGGACUCGUCGGCAUUACGCCGGCUGCUGGAUUUGUCCCGAUUCAGACUGCGGUAUUAAUCGGAGCCACCACCUCUUGCUGCGCCUUCUUCACCGUCAAAUACAAGUACCUCCUAGGCGUUGAUGAGGGCCUCGAUAUCUUCGCCAUCCAUGGCGUUGGCGGCUUUGUUGGCGACAUCCUCACCGGAUUCUUCGCUGCACCUUACGUUCCCGCCAUGGACGGUAGGACCAACACGAACGCUGGCGGCUGGUGGGUCAAGAACUGGAAGCAGAUGGGCUUACAGCUUGCUGCUGCGUCUACCUGCGCAGUCUGGUCAUUCACCAUCUCCAUCAUCUUGCUCUUCAUCAUCAACAGGAUUCCUGGCUGCCACAUCAGAGCUUCUGAAGACGACGAGCUGAGAGGUCUGGACUACAAGUACUUUCACGAUGUCGAGGGCAGCGAUGCUAUGAUGUUCAGUGAAUAUACUCAUGGCCAUGUAACACCUGGCGUACCGAUGUCGGGUAUUGCCAGCGGAUCGGUCAGCCAUCAGGAUGUUCCUGUGGUAACCGAGAAGCGGGAUUAAGGAGGCUUUGACUUGCUCGAUCUCACUGAUCCCUUUCACCCACGCUAUUGCCGGUUACGUCCUGUUGAAGUCGCGUGUACUGCGCUACGCAGCUGGUUGUUCUUUAGUGCCAUUCGUUUUGUAUAGUAUUUCAAGCCAGCUUGUCGCUUCAGUAGAGAUAGAUUCAAGAUACCAAU